AUGGCUGCUGGAUUCGGAAGCUCCUCAUACUACGAUAGACGGUUCAGACAAUCCCCUGCUCUCAUUCGAGCACGACGACCUUACCUCUUCAAGAAUGCCGUUGUUGGUUCUGCUGUAGCGGCGUUUGCAAUUGGCGUUUAUGCAUACACCAUCAGCGUCAUCGGACAGGACGAGUUCGAAGAUGUAAAGGUCCCUAGCGCCCCGAGUCAAACUGAGAACAAAUAA